AUGGAUUGUAAUAUUCUAAACCUCGGCCGAAUAAUCGGCUCAUUAAAAAAGCAAGUAAACCAGCAAGACCAAGAUAUGCUGCUGCCCUAUCUGGAAACCGAGCAAAGAACAAAUAUGGUUUUCCAAAUGAUAAAAGAAGAAGACUCUCUGGGAAGAUUCUACUGUCUAAUUCUCCUGGAGAAAAGCCUCAACAGGCCCAGAACAGAAGACGAGCUGGUGUGUUUUUUGGAUAACAUCCAGUAUCUGAUCAGCUCGAUCCACUUUUCAAGCAGCUUGGAGAUAUCAAAGAUAUCGUCGCUAUACUCGAAAGCUGCUCUGUUUUACUGGCCCAUCCGAAUGCCGGCGUUCAUCAGCACAAUAAACUCUCUCAUCGUCACGAGGAGCAACCUCUGUCUGCCUGUGCUGAAGAACUUUAUGCAGCUCAUCAGCGACUCUCUGGACAUAACGGAGGAAAGAAGGUACGAGCUGAAAAAGUCAGUUGGAAAAAUAGAAAACGACAUUCUUGUAGCCCUGUACCAGCACGGAGACAGGGUUGAGCUUCUCGAAGUUCUUCUGCUGAUGAACAGGAUAGAAAUACUGAACGAAAACAUCGUAGUUUCUUUUUUCAAGAACGUAGACACAAGCGAUGUUAAAACAGUGAAUGCCCUUUCCACGUUCAUCAACAACCUGAACAUAAGCGGAAACAGCAACGUGUUCUACACUAUUCUGCUGUACCUGUACUCAGCCAGCAGCAUAGACAGCAUCUCGUUCAUCAGCAACAACAUAAACAUCGUUGACAACACAAGCAAGGAAAUAGUCGGCCUGGUCUACAAAAUAAUAACGAAUGCGAUUGUGCACAUGGACAAGCUAGACACCCUGGACAUAGACACUCUUCUAAAGGUCUACCUCAAGCUAGCUAAAAACUACUCCAAGUACUUUGGCAAGGACGUGUCCGCACUGGUUCCCAUUUCAUACGAUGUUUUUUUCAUGAGCAUAAUCAGUACUGUUAGCAGAAUAGACAGCGCAGAGGAAGAGUUUAAGAGCAUACAGGACAGCGCCAUAGGCAUACUAUCUACAGUGUCUGCAGUGAUGGUUGAUGACAACACAGACAUGUUCAGAAAAUACUACACCUCAAUUCCCCUCCUACUGAGCGAAGCGAUCAUUAAAAACAUGCGGUAUCCCGUUUACACCGGGAAUCCCUACCUGGACUUAAAACAAAGCGUGCUUUUUAAAGACUUUGCAGAGAUAGGAAGAAACAUAGGAAAGCUCGAGCUGAAAACAAGCAAAGAGUGCGCAACUGUCAGAGAAAGCGUAGAGCUUCUGGUGGAGCAGGGAGUGAUCAGAGAAGAAGAAGGCGUUGACCUGUACAAGAGAUGUCUCGCUGUGAACAACUACUACGCCAUCGAGCUCGCUGUGUCGAUUGGAGUCAUUCUGAACAGAGACGAUCUGGUGCUGGGGGCAGUGCAGGACUUCAAAGGAAAGGGCGUGGUUGCCUUUAUAAGCAUCAUAGAGAAGUGCAACAGGCUCGUGUUCAAGCUUUUCCCGCAGUUCAAGAGCCACAUACUGAACAAAAACGACGAAAUGAUCAACGAAAUAGAUGCAGUGUGCAGGCUGCUGGAUAUGGAGACAGACAGAGUAAAGGAAGGGAACAACAAGUACAAAGUAGAUGCCCUGGAGGUUGUUGGAAGAGAGAUACUUGAGAAGAUUUUCAUGCGGAUAGAGUGCGGCGUGCUGAUGGAAAUAAGAAAGAUGACAAAGCUUUUCCCGUAUUUGAAAGAGAGAAUACACGAAGUGUUCUUGCAGAAGGUGUGGCUGCGCAUGAAAAGCGAGCUGGAGAGACAGCGGACAACCGACGACUUUGGAGGCAGUGCGGCAAUACAGAACAUCAUCGGAAGUGUGGCCGGCGAGUGUAGAACAGCAGAAGAGGCGCAGAUACUCUAUGAAAUAGUUGAAAGCGAAGAGUACAGUUCUCGGGGCGUGCUUUUGGGCGUGAAAGGAGUCUUGGAGGGAAGCAGAGAAAGCGAGUACUACGUGCAGGUGCUGAGUGCAAUGAUAAGUGUGCUAGUGAGCGUGUAUGUAAGCCACUCUGAUGAAAACACAAGAGCAUCGAUUGUGGGAAUAAUAAUAGAAAAAGAAGAAAGAGUGCGGGCAAUGGAGGGCGUGUACCAGAUCGAUCUAAGCGAAGUGUACGGCGCAAAAGAGAAAAGAGCCGUGAUGAAGAAAGUGCUGAGGCGGAUAGAGGGCAUGAACGAAAAACAAGGAGCACUUCUGAAGAAGCCCAAGAAAAAAGAGGGCGAAGAAGAUAGAUGGAACGAAAUAACAACGCCUUUUAUGUAA